UAGAUGGUGAAGUGAUGCGUUCGUGUAAAUACGUAUGUUUUUGUGCAAUAGUGCUUGGAUGGCUGCUGUCAUUCAUAACCGCCCAAUCUGAACCGUUCAAUGUUACGGAGCCUAUGAACGUUGGAAAUGAAUCAGUUGGUCAUGAAAAGGAGACCAACAGUAGCAUGUCUCUUUACGAACUACCGGUACCGUACCAUAAUUCAAUCGAUCUGGGAAUUGACUUAAACGUCACGCAGGAGCUAAAUUCCAGCUCAUCUACGAAUAGCUUUGGGCAUGUCAACACUACUACUACUACUACUACUUUUCCCGAGUUUAGUGCGUUUAAUGACACACCCAGAUUGCGCAUCAAACCGGGCCCAGACCCUUCUAUCCCCGCUGACUAUUACUCAUUCAAUGAGCUUGACUAUCCAAAGCCCUCUCCUCCCACCGAUGACUAUUAUGAGCAGCUGAUAGCUGCAGCAAAAAACAGCACUGCAUCCAACCCACGCAUUCCACCCAUUACGGAUCACAUCGCUCCCGUCAAUUUUUCGUUAAUGCAAGGAGCACAGCCUUUUGCAUACAGUCCAGUAAACCACAACUUCCCCGUAAUACCACUGUCCAAUCGAUCUCCUGCGAGUAGUGUUCGAACAGAAGAGGGAAAUUCAACAAACACAAGCAUAAAUCGACCCUACUCAACGUUAUCGGGUGUGGCCAACGGCAUACAGCCUAGAAUGCGCAGUCCACCACUCAUGGCCGUACCAAACACGGAGAGCACUACAACAGUGUCUACAAAGCGAACGACCACGAAACCGAAAGCUACCAAGAAGUCGUCAAGCUCCACUGAGAAAAGAACGUUGACUACACGGCGUGGAAGGCUGACAACGGCCACUAGAAGCACCACCACCGCGAGCGGUACGAAGCGGUUCCGGGCGGCAGUACAGCGGCGUCCAAUUGGGACGGCGUCUCGCGUUCGCAGCAGUUCAACUACAGCGAAGAAAGGCUUCCGUUCGAAGGUAGUAACGCCGAGCCGUAAGCAGUUCCGGCAGUUGCGCCGCACACGGACGACUCGUCGGCGGCGACCAACGAAGCAGCGUCGGUUCCGUAACAUGGCCCGUACCAAACCGACAAUCAGGCAGCGGCCCAUCGCUAGGCCACGGUUUCGUAGUGCCAAGCAAAGGCCACGAGUUGUUCAGCCUGGGUUGUUUGAGUAUGAUUUUAUCUACUUCUAACGCAUAACCAUCCAGCGGGAGUAGUUAUACAAUACAGCAGAAAUAAAGACUAGGAAGACUAGUUACAUCGUAUUGCCGUCAGAUGGCGGCGCUGUUGAG